AUGCUCUUUUUUAUCUUCAUGGCCGUAGUAUGGGUACCCAUUGAAGGGUUUAAUAAAAGAUCGCAUAUGACAGGCAUUGCUGAUCUCGUUCGUGUAGCAUUUAAACGUAAUUUAAAUCGUUUUAUAUUUGGUCAGUCAUCUUAUGAUUCCGAAGUAUUUCGUUAUAGCCAGUCAUCACAACACGAUAAUGCCGGGCUCUAUUCUGGAGAGUCUUGUCGAUUAUCAGCAGUCAUAUGUUCACAUGAUGAACAAUGUUGUUCAAGUCGGUGUUUAUGUCGUCGAUGGUCAACAAUCGGAGAGCAACGCUGCGUUAGAAAAUAUGUUGCUUAUUUAAUUGGAAGCAAAUCACUUAUGGCAUUUGGAAACGCUAAAGUCUGCCCAAUCGCAGAUAGCGAUUCAUCAAUUCGUUUAAUUUAUUGGCUCGAUAGAGAAGUCAAUGAAAAUGGUGAUAACCGGCAAACUCAACAACGUAUUCGUUCCAUCCAUAAUAAUCUUAAAACAUUUCAUGAUCCACACGAAUGCAGAACAUCAGUUGAAUCUCUUACUGAACAAGAUCGACUUAUUCUUAUUGUCAGUGGCAGUUUAGGAAGGGAUAUACUACAAACAGUUCAUGACCUACCGCAACUUUCUUCUGUUUAUGUAUAUUGCAUGGAUAAAAAAUUGAAUGAAGAAUGGGCACGGCAAUAUAGAAAGGUCAAAGAUGUGAUUGUUUGCGAACAAAAUUUAAUUGAUCGAAUAAAAUUCGACAAAAAAACUCUCGUGAAUAUCGACCAAGGAAUUUCGUUCAAUAUUUAUACUAUCACUGAUGACCCGAAUCCAUCCAUAAUCAGAGAAAACGAAAGCUUUGUUCGCUCACUUAUUCUACUCAACUCCAUUAUUCGAUUACGAUUCGAUCCAAAAGAUAGGGAAGAACUCAUAUCUUGCUUAAAGAAACAGUUCCAUGGUAACAAGAGGCAAUUACGAAUAAUUGAAGAAUUCAAGCAAGAAUAUUCGAACGAAACAGCUUUACUAUGGUAUAUUCAUGAAUCAUUUUUGUAUACAACGUUAAACAAAGCUUUGAAUGAGCAGAGCAUUGAACAAAUGCUUUUAUUUCGUUUGUAUCUUCAGGACAUGUAUGAACAAUUAAAACAAAAUCAAUAUGGAUCACAAAUUCGUGUUUAUCAUAGUCAAAUGAUGUCAUUUGAAGAACGCCAUGAUCUUGAGAAGUCGAAAAAUGGAUAUAUAUCUAUCAAAACGUUUCUUUUUGCAAAUACCAAUCAGAAUAAGGUACUCGAAUCAUUGAUAAAUACGCAAACUACUUCAGAUAAAUGCAAAAUCUUAUUUGUCAUUGAUGCUAAUCCAAGCGUUGCAACUGCGAACCCAUUUAUUGACAUAAGUCGAUUUCAUAGUUUCAUGUCGGAAACAAUAAUAAUGUUUAUGCUUGGAAGUAUCUUUCGUUUGAAGGAUGUUAACCGAGACGGAAACAUAUGGACGGUUCAAAUGGAAUUAUGUGGCGAGAACGAACAUAAUCUCGAGCAGGUAUUUGAAUAUAUGAAUAGAAUACACGGGAAUGAAAAUAGAGACAGCACAAUCGAUCGUCGAGCUUUUGGCGAUAUAGCACAUCGGAUCGGUGAAUCUGAUGUAGCACGAAAGAUGUAUGAUCGUCAGCUGGAUGAAGCGCCAAAGAAUGAUCCGGUACGCUCUGAUUUACAUUGUUCACUUGGCAGAGUAUAUAGGGAAAAAAAAGACUACUCUCGCAGUAUGAAAUGUUACAACGAAGCAUUAAAAGAGUGUUUAAGAAGAUCUUCAUCGAAUUUUAUAGAGCUCGGUAAUUUAUAUGGUUCUAUAGCUGAAAUUUAUUUACUUACUCACAACGACCGGAAAUCAUUGGACUAUUAUGAGAAAGCUGUCGCACAGUAUCAAAAAGCGCAUGCAGAAGAUCAUGAAAAAAUGGCUGAUUUCUACAACAAUAUGGGUUCAAUUCAUAGAAGAGACAAGAAGUAUGCAGACGCAUUAGAAUUCUAUAAAAGAACGUUAGUGAUAGAUGGUAAGCAUUUAUCUUCGAAUCAUCCUAAUAUAGCUAAAACUCAUAAUAAUAUUGCUAUUAUUUAUUAUUACCUAAGCCGGUAUGAUCUUGCAUUAAAUCAUUAUAGAUUAUCGCUUGCAAUCAAAGUGCAAACGCUUGAUCCGCAACACUAUUCAAUUGCUAAUGUUUACAGUAACAUUGGUUCUGUAUACGAAAUUCAAUCUGAUUUCAGACGAGCAGCAAUACAUUACAGAAAGGCAGCCGAUAUUUAUCAUGUUAUAUUGCCAGAUGGACAUGAGGAUCUAAUAAAAAUCGAUGAUCAAUUGAAAAACGUUCUAAAUCAAUUGCAUUGA